ACCUCUGCACAUAAUAGCUGAUUGAUGCGCAGCACAGUUGUGUUCAAUUACUUACAGAAGACAAGUCUAACACUAACAGCUGUACUCUUGAUAGAAGAAGAUUGUUUGGAAUUAUUUCGAUUGCAAGAAGCCCAAAAUGCCUGUAAAGCCGGAAUACAAGGUCACUCUGUUGGGAGCUGGAGGAGUGGGAAAGAGUGCAUUGACACUGCGAAUCAUAUCUGGUGUGUUCACACCAACAUACAAUCCAACAGUGGAAGACUACUAUCGACACGAUACAAUGGUGGAUGGUGUUGGACCUUGCAUUGUGGAGAUCCUCGACACAGCAGGAACUGAACAAUUUGCAAGCAUGAAGCAACUCUACAUGUCCAACUGUAGAUCCUUUGCAUUAGUGUACUCGGUGGAUGAUAGAGCCAGCUUUGAUGAGACUCUAGAUCUCUACCAGCAAAUCCUGUCAAUGGCUAGCAAUCCUGGUGACGUCACAGUCAUUUUAGUAGGUAACAAAAGCGAUCUCGACGACUGCAGAGAAGUGGAGAUGUCAGAAGGACAACAUGCUGCAAAGAGCAUCAUGAAUAACUGUGCAUUUAUAGAAACUUCAGCAAAAGAUGGAGCAAACGUACAAAAGUUCUUUGUCAAGCUCGUGGGACUCAUGAGUGGUCAAGUGCGAGGUUCCUCCAGUAUAAUGGGAAAAAGACCCAGAUCAAGCACUGUGUCAAAGUCAGCUCUCCUGCGAAACUCUCUCAGAAUUGGACCACGCAGAUCAAGAGAGAGAAGCAACUCACAACCCGACCUCACCGUCUACUCGACUGACUCUGGCUGCUACACAAACUUUUCCAUACCCACAGAUCUUCCUGAUGGCCUACCAACCAUGGCUCCCGGGGACAAUGCACGAAAACGCUGUUCAAUUAUGUAAAUGUGUUUGUGUGUGUUAUGAUGUGUGUGCUUUUGUGUUUACUGUAUCUCACCAUGUUUCUCACAUGUAUAAAAACAACGCUAUUUUUUCCACUCAUUUCCGGCAUAUAAUUUCAAUCUUUGCACCAUUUUAAUUUUAUAGUUCUGUUGCUCACACAUACAAGAGUUUGUACUUGGUGGUUCACUCAAUCAAUUUAUUUGAAAUCAGA